GAGUUCCACGCGAUGAUCGGCCGCAUCUUUGUCAGCCUUGGCCCGGAGUUUAGCAGCACGCUCUGCGACACGGUCGACAUUGGCGGCGCUUGCUACGACCCUAGCUACGACCACGGCCACUGCGGCUGGAAGGCAUGUCCCGAGCUGUCGGCCUCCGACGCGAGCCGGUGUUCUGCGACGCCCUCCGAUACAUCACGGCGCUUCUGUCCAUGCAGGAGGUUUGACGAUUGGGCAAGCCUGCACAUGGACGAGUACGAUGGCUUCUCCGCGAGCGCGUCUGACGUGGUCGCCUCGCCGAAGAUGCCAGGGCUGCACGUGGUGCGGAGAAGCAGCUCCAUCAUGCCCAUUGCGGAGGGGGCAGGGCGCAGAGAGAGAGAGAGAGACACAGAGUCUAGGCAGUCUUG